AUCCUUAUGCCAUUGUCUCCUUCCUCCACCAAAGCCAGAAGACGGUGGUGAUCAAGAACACCCUGAACCCCACCUGGGACCAGACACUCAUCUUCUAUGAGAUAGAGAUCUUUGGGGACCCCCAGAACGUGUCUGACUGCCCUCCCAACGUCGUGGUGGAGAUCUAUGACCACGACACCUACGGGGCUGAUGAGUUCAUGGGACGCUGCAUUUGCAAGCCCAGCCUGGCCCGCUGCCCGCGCCUGGCCUGGCACCCCGUCCUCAAGGCGAGCAGGAAGGUGGGGGAGCUGCUGGCUGCCUUCGAGCUCAUCCAGAGGGAGAAGCCUGCUGUCCACCACAUCCCUGGCUUUGAGAGUGACCUGUCCUCCAGCCUGGAUGAGGCUGCAGACUCAGACCUGCCCUACCCGCCCCCCCAGCGGGAGCCCAACGUCUACAUGGUGCCCCAGGGCAUCAAACCCGUCCUGCAGCGCACGGCCAUCGAGAUCCUGGCCUGGGGGCUGAGGAACCUCAAGAGCUACCAGCUGGCCAGCGUCACCUCGCCCAGCCUGCUGGUGGAGUGUGGGGACCAGCUGGUGCAGUCCAGUGUCAUCAAGAACGUCAAGAAGAACCCCAACUUUGACGUCUGCGUGCUCUUCAUGGAAGUGCGUCUGCCCAAGGAGAGCCUCUACAGCCCCCCCAUCAUCAUCAAGAUCAUCGACAACAGGCCCUUUGGGCGGAGGCCCGUGGUGGGCCAGUGCAGCGUGCGCUCGCUGGAGGACUUCUACUGUGACCCCUACCGAGAGGAGGACGGGCCCCAGGAGCCCUCGGAUGACGUGAGCCUGACGCCCAGGGACGACGUCCUCAUCGACAUCGAUGACAAGGAGCCUCUCAUCCCUGCCCAGGAAGAAGAGUUCAUUGACUGGUGGAGCAAGUUCUACGCUUCCACGGGAGAGAGGGAGAAGUGUGGCUGCUAUUUGGAGAAGGGCUUUGACACCUUGAAGGUCUAUGAGACUGAGCUGGAGAAGGUGGAGGACUUCGAGCACCUCUCUGACUUCUGCCACACCUUCAAGCUGUUCCGCGGGCGGUCGCAGGACGCGGCCGACGACCCCUCUGUGGUGGGGGAGUUCAAG